AUGCCCCAAGCCAGGCUCUGCGGCUGCUGGGGCGGCCGGGUGCUGCCCCUGCUGCUGGCCUAUGUCUGCUACCUGCUGCUUGGAGCCGCGGUCUUCCAGCUGCUGGAGAAACAGGCAGAAGCUCAGUCCAGAGACCAGGUUCAGUUUGAGAAGCUGCGCUUCCUGGAGAACUACACCUGCCUGGACCAGUGGGCCCUGGAGCAGUUUGUGCAGGUCAUCAUGGAAGCCUGGGUGAAGGGCGUGAACCCCAAAGGCAACUCCACCAACCCCAGCAACUGGGACUUCGGCAGCAGUUUCUUCUUUGCAGGCACAGUUGUCACCACCAUAGGAUACGGCAACCUGGCGCCCAGCACGGAGGCAGGCCAGGUCUUCUGUGUCUUCUACGCCCUGGUGGGCAUCCCGCUCAACGUGGUCUUCCUCAACCACCUGGGCGCAGGGCUGCAUGGCCACCUGGCUACCCUGGAGAGGUGGGAGGAGCAGCCCAGGCGCUCCCAGCUGCUGCAGAUCCUGGGCCUGGCUCUGUUCCUGACCCUGGGGACGCUGGUCAUUCUCAUCUUCCCACCCAUGGUCUUCAGCCAUGUGGAGGGCUGGAGCUUUGGGGAAGGCUUCUACUUCGCCUUCAUCACUCUCAGCACCAUCGGCUUCGGGGACUAUGUUGUUGGCACAGACCCCAGCAAGCAUUACAUCUCAGUGUACCGAAGCCUGGCUGCCAUCUGGAUCCUCCUGGGCCUGGCGUGGCUGGCGCUGAUCCUCCCCCUAGGCCCUCUGCUUCUGCACAGGUGCUCCCAGCUCUGGCUGCUCAGACUGAGGCAAGACUGUGAGGAAGAGGAUGCUCCAGACGGGACACACAGGGAAGAAUCUACAGCAACAAGAGUGACCCAGGUUACACCACAGGACUUCCUGGUAUGA